AUGGCCCUGCCAGCACUGGCUCUGACAUUCUUCCUGGCCCUUGCUCCUCUGCUGCUGGCACUGGGACAGAAGCGCCACGAUCCGGAGAAUCCAUGGGUAUAUCAGGAAGCAGGAAAAUGUGAAGCUCCCUCAGACUGGGACUCCAAACUGCAGUUUACGCCAAAGAAGAGCAACUAUGCCUUGAAUGAAGUGGUGCAGCUCAGCUGUGCUGAGGAGUUUGUGCCAUCUGUCCGGCAGAUCCAGUGCAUUUCCAGAGGGGCCCAGAUGCAGUGGAAUGAGACUGCCACCUGCAAGGAAACAUGCAAAAAACCCCACUGGGACUUCAGACUCCAGCUGGCACCAGAGCAGGAGAGUUACAGGAAGAACGAAGAAGUGAUUCUGAGCUGUCCCAAGGGUUUCCAGACACCUUUCACCCAUAUCAAAUGUGCAGGAAAAGUUCUGUCUGUUAUCAAUGGAAAACCUAUACACAGAGAAGCUUGGACUGGAAAGGACAGCAGAGGCAGUGUGAUCAACAUUCAGCCCAAGUUCAGGGUACAGUGCCUUGAUGUCCUCCAGGUUGUUCCUGAGACCCUGAAGGUUUCCAGCACCAGCAUCAAACUGAACUGGACUUGCAUGCUUCCUCAUAUGUGCCAGCAUAUUCGGGCCAGGUGCCAGCUGGAGCAGCAUUUUUCCUCAAACUGUGAGGCUGAGGAGGUGAAGGUAGAGGAGAUGCUACAAGGCCAGGAGGGAAUGUUCACCUGCUCCCCUCUGCAGCCCUUCACUGUCUACAGUGUCACCAUCUCCCUGCUGCCUAGCACAAUCCUGUACACACGGCUCAUCAGGACAAAGGAAAUGGUGCCAGACAAACCAGAGAAGCUGUGGCUGGAUCACAGCACGGGGUCCCUCAGGUGGAAGGCGCUAUCCUCCUGCAAAGGGGAGAUCAUUGGAUACCAGCUGAACAUCACCACCAUGAGAGCAGAGGACGGCAGCUUCCUUGAAUUCAGUCAGGUGUUGGUGAACCAGUCUGUCUCUGAGUAUAUGCCACCUCAUCAGACAGCUGGCAGCAAAUACCUGGUGACAGUGCAGGGCCUGACGGCAGCUGGGGCUGGGGCUGCAUCACAGCUGGAAUUCCAAACCUACAUCCUGGGGCAGCCUCUGGGCCCUUGGCCUGGGUCAGCAGUCACUGUAGUGGUGGUAGUGGUGCUGUUGAUCCCUUUGUCUGCUGGGAUCAUCUGGUUCGUGCUGUUCAGAAAAAAGAAGAAGGCCUUGCCCAGCAAAGCCGAGGAGGAUCAGUACACAGACCUUCAGCCCUAUGAGAAUUUACAUGGGGAUAAUUACUGCAAGAUCGAGACUUUUCUUGAGAAGGAUGCAGGUAAGUAUGGCCAGGCUGGAGAGCCCUUUCCUAAGCUGCUGCCUGUUCAGGAGAGUCAGCAGUGA